AGGAGAGAGGACAGAGAGACGGAGCGAGGACUCGAUCUACAUUGGGAUAGACCGGACAGAAGGCAGCAGAAAGGUGGAGAGAGACACAGGCAAUAUAAAAAAAAAGUUUGACUGGCUGGAAGGGACGGGCGGACACAAGAUCUUCCGGCGCGAUGAGUGAGCACGAGGCGCCCGGCCUCGGUUCGGACAGGACGAGAGGCGCGGAGGCGGACGAGGAACAGGACGAGGUGGAGCGCAAGGCCACUGUCCCCGCAGAGACCAAGAGGCUCGCCUUCGUGUGGUGCCAGGAGUACCUGUCUGGCAUGUGGAAGACGCUGCAGGAGAAUGAGUUUCAAAUCAGUAUUAUAAGUGGGGGGCUCAGCAACUUCCUCUACCUGUGCGCCCUCCCGGACGGGAAGCAGAACUCCAGAGACGAACCAAGAAAUGUCCUUUUACGAAUCUACGGCCGAAUCCUUCAGGGACAAGAUGCGCUAGUACAGGAGAGUGUGAUGUUCGCUAUCCUAGCAGAACGAAUGCUGGGUCCGAAACUCUACGGGGUCUUCCCUCAAGGCCGCUUGGAGGAGUACAUUCCUAGCAGAAGAUUGAGAACUGCAGAGCUUGCUUUACCACAAGUUUCCGCGGAAAUUGCAACAAAACUUGCGAGAUUUCACGAAAUGAAAAUGCCAUUCAACAAAGAGCCCAAAUGGCUGUUCAGCACAAUGAAGAGCUACAUGGAGCAGGUAAUGCUGCUGGAGUUCCCAAAGGAGCCACAGGCGAGGAAGUUUAAGCACUUGAUGUCGUUCAACCUCCCACACGAGAUGGAAGUUCUGGGAAACCUUUUGGCCGCCACCCCCUCCCCCGUCGUGUUUUGUCACAACGAUUGUCAGGAAGGCAACAUUCUCCUCUUGGAAGAUGAAGUCAAGGCAAAUGAAGACAAACUCAUGAUUAUCGACUUUGAAUACUGCAGCUAUAAUUACAGGGGAUUCGACAUCGGCAAUCAUUUCUGCGAGUGGACCUACGACUACACGCACGACGUGUGGCCGUUCUUCACUGCCAACCUGGACAAGUAUCCGAACCGUGAGCAGCAGCUGCACUUUCUGCGGCAUUACCUAGCAGAGACCCAAGCCGGUAACCACAUGAAUGGCUGCAGCAGCGCUCCAGAGAAUCACGUGGGAGGAGGAGGUCAGAAUGACGUUUCUGGCGGUGGGCGUUUGGGCGGAAGGUCUGCGGACAGCGCGGGACUGCCCAAUGCAAGUGGCGACACCGCGGUUUUGGAGGCCAUGCUGGUGGAGGUGAACAGGUUUGCUCUGGCUUCUCACUUCUUCUGGGGACUGUGGUCCAUCCUCCAAGCACACAUGUCCACCAUCCAGUUUGGAUACUUGGAUUACGCACUGGCAAGAUUUGAGGCAUACUUCAAACAGAAGGAAGUGUUUUCCUAAAGCAUCGCUCCUUCCUGCAGAAGACUACGCCGCCUUGUGUUUGCUCGUGUUCGGAAGCCGAUGUACGAUUUGCAUUUUAUGGUUCUUUGUAACCACUUCCUGUUUGAUUUGUGGUUGGUUUUGAACACAUUCCCGACAUAAGCUUGACACCCAAACGCAAGCAUCCUGUCAGCCUUGACAAUAAGGGUGAACACUUAGGGCACAAUUCGCGUGUUGUCGAAUGUUCAUGUCUGUGUGCUUUUACCAAUGUGUGUCCCCAUUGCCAGCAGUGCGACAGAUUUCCAAAGGGGUGGGACGGAUGAGCUGUCUCGUAUGUUUGUGUGGGGCAUCUGUUCCUGUGCGUGUUGCAGGAACGCCUUGCGUUUCUCCUGCAUCGCGAUAGAAUGUUCAUUCACGGCGUACAUUUGACACUGCCACUGUAAUCUAACGGUACGCCAUAAGAGGUUUUUUAGGGUUAGAUCACGUAAAUAUAUAAAUGUGUCGUUAAAACCCACCACCACCCGACAUAGCCAACUAGUAAGGGUUGUCACGUGAACAGAACGUGGCCAAUUCGUCACUAGUACAGCACGCCGGUGUGUUGGAGAGCCAAGCCACAACAUUUACAAUCUUGAGAACGACGUUUCGCCAGUAAUUACGACUAGCUUCAUCAGGCGACAGCCAGAUUUGUGGAGAAGUCCACCUGUUUCGUUCCUUAUAUAGAGGCGUAGAUGUGUUGACCACGCUUUUGCGCUCUUGCACAAUGUGGUGGCGGGGGGGGGGGAUUACUGAGGCAACGUACAUUAUGCAUGUGCAUUAUGCGAGCCCUUUGAACUUGUCCUUCCUGUCUAUUGUUUAUUAAAAUAGCCCUACCAACGGUAAUCCCUAUUGAAGUACGCUGCCCUUUGUAGGCAUGCAUUUAAAUAAUGUAUUAUUUGAUUAUUCGCUUCCACGUAGCACUAAGGCGGUAGCCGAACGGUUUAAGUUAUUUUGAUUUCUUUAAAUUUAGAUAUUCUCUAAUUAGUCUUGGCCAGUAGUAGCUAGUUUUGCACAAAACUUCAACAUAAUCAAAAUCAAUUGAGUGUCCUUGUUGGCACGCCUGUUCUGCUACUGCUGACAGUUGUAUUUGGGAGGAUUGAAUAUUUCUCUGACGUUCUUUUAGUCUCGUGCUGAUCAUUCGUCCUGUUUGCCCAACAUAACAUUUACCACACGUGCAGCUAAUCCUGUACACACCUUCUGUUGAUUGCGUUUAAUUUACGAAAGCCGAUCUGCUCAUUCGUAGGGAAACCAUUCAAGCGAAGAACCCCUUUACGUGUCGUUUUUCAAAAUCGCACACAGCGGCCAUUUCAUACUGUUUUACAAAAUCAAACUAAUGGGCAUUUUACAAACUCGCAUUUCUCAAUGCCUGUAAAAUUGAUCUUUACGUAGUAUAUUUUAAUCUACGUUUUUUUUUAAAUAUUGCACACUUUAUCAGCAACUGUGAUGUCUUUGUUAACAGUAAAGCAGAAAUGUGCUUUCUGAUCAAAGAGUAAUUGUCUUUGCCUGUUUUAAGAUAAAGGCUGUAAUCUGUAAAGGUAAACAAUACUUGAUUUGAAGUUUUGUUUUUCCUUAUGAUUCUAUUAAAUACCAAACAGAAACAUUAAAAUAUUAACUCCUGCAAA